AUGGGAGAGCCAUCCAUAUUCAGGACAUCAAUUCCUACUCUCACAGCCAGACCUCCCACGCCGCCUCGCGAAUCGAAUCGUAACGAGAAGAGACCUGGUCUCAUAGAAAGAAUCUUUGGUGGAUCACCCAAACCAGCGCUUGCGUCGAACAUAACCCCUGAGUCGUCUGCGGAAUCGCCCAUUGCAUCACCAAGUUUGUCGACACGGAAGAAGGUUGGAUGGUCAGAUUCAACACAGUACAGUGACAGCCCUAGUGCUGAGCAGGGUCGACUGCGUCUCUUGCCAUUGCCUCCCUCUGCUGAACGAAAAUCCUCGAAAUCGAUACUGAAAGUCAACCAUGGGCUGAUGGAGCGAGAUCAGAAUAUUGGAACGAAACUCCUCCCACCCCAUCAGCACACAAGUUUUGCCACCAUGCUCGAAUCCAUAGUUCAACAACUCGCGGGAAAUGUGAAAGGUGCCAGAAUGGACGCAUAUUUGAUGCUGGCGGGAUCACUGAAGGCUACAGGAAAUGUUCCGGAUCCAAAGGCGCUGAAAGAUAAGAUGGGCCUCCUCCUCCAGUUUAUAUCGCGCGACAUGCAGCAGAAAAAUGAAUCCGGAAGAUUUGAUGCGCCGCUAGUGAUCAAUAGCAUCAUCCUUCUGUCCACCUUCUUGCAGCUGCCUACGAUUGGAGAGAGCCUCAACCAAGAAUUCGCAGUGUUCGUUGUGGAUCACGCUAUCAAGGUGUUCGAGGAUCCUCAGACGUCGAAAGAUAUUGUGAAGCAUUUGAUGUUUGCUGUGUCACAGCAAAAGUUCCCACCAAAGGUUAUGAACGCGGAGAGAGUCGGCAAGCUUAUCACUGCACUCUACAACAUCGAGAAUCUCGUCAAAGGCAAGAGUAUUGUGAUGGGAAGAUUGAAUAUUUACAGAUCACUUGUACGGCAGUCUCGUGCCUUCAUGAUUACAAACACACUAUGGCUUGAAAACUUGUUCAUCGACAUGCUGAGCACCUUGAAGGAAUUACGCAAUCUAGCUAUCUUAUUCGGUCUCGAGGCGUCUCUUAACCUCGGUAGCGAGUUUAAAGUCUCUCGUGCCUUUUCGUCGUUAUUUGAUCAGAAGCGCGGCGAUGACGAUCUGAAGUUUGCCCAAUUCUACGCCGACAAGCUCAAAUCAGCAUUCUCCGCCAAAGAGGACACCACACACAUCCCCCAGAUAUGGAGUGUUAUUAUGCUUUUUCUCCGAGGCAAGCCGAAGCAGAUAGAACACUGGCCGCACAGUUUUCUAUAUACCACCAUUCUCCAACAGUGCUUGAAUUCAAGUGAUCACCACACAAGGAUUGAAGCAAAUUAUGCUUGGAAUCGCUACGUUUUCGCGGUCAAUCCGACCGACACCACCUCGAAAGCUACGAUAAGACUGCUCGUUCAACCCCUUAUCUCCCAACUCAAACUCCGCAAAUCAACCCUCACCAGAAAAUCGGUCUUGGGGAGUGUCUGCAACCUACUCUACUACGCAUUGAAGCCAUCUUCUUCACCAGCACAACUGGAAUUCUCCUGGGAGACUUAUGUGGUACCAUUAGUCGGACAAAGUCUUACCUCUGCCGACUCCGUUCAAAGCCCCAGCUAUGCACGACGAGAUCUUCUGGAUGCAUGUUCCAUAUUGCAAAACCUCUUUGAUUCGUCCUUUCAGCGGCCCUGGAUUGCCUCAAAGGCGUUGACCAAUUUCCAACAAAAUGGUGUGAGCCCAAGAGAGCUUCCUGCCCUGGAACCCAAAUGGAUUCGAAAAAGUUCUAGCUUGAUCUAUCCAAUCCUCGUCCCAAUACUAGAAAAAUUGUUCUGGGAUUUGGGUCACGAAUCUGAGGUUCGUAGUCUUUGGAAGACGUACAAUAACUCCAUAUCAGCUCCAGCUGUGAUGGAAGUAACUGUGCAUAACGAUACGAUGGCCUCGGUCGCUUCAAUUUUUGGGUUACUUCACAAAAUUUGGCGGACGGGUCCUAAGAAUAUUCCAGCUUUGCCUGUUGAAGAAUGUUCAAGUGAAAAUUUCUUGAAAUGUUUCCAAGCAUUAGUUGUCACAACGACAGAGGCCCUCGGUAUACGACCUUUCAUUCAACGGCAGCUUUGCAUUGGAACUCACGACGUUUUCACUCCCGUGGCCACUCCAUCACAACGACCCAACAAGUUAAAAGGCGAAAUUAGAACCCCUCUUGAGCACUUAAUCCUCCUUUUAGCAUAUGAAUCCCCCAACCUCGAAUAUGAUGCGACAUUCUACCAACUCGCUCAAACCAUCCUUUCCCCAUUCUUCUUGGCGGAGGAACUGAACCGUUGUAGAUCUAUCGAGGUUGCCAAAGAUUUGAUUGCACUCUUGCCACCUGGGGACACGCCUAGUUCCAAGAUUCUUUGGAACGUCCUGGCGGAUUUUACGACGAAAGCUGUGGAUUUGAAAGUUUCGCAAAGGAACGGCGACAGCCUUGAUCAACCCAUCGGUGCCGACUACCGAAACGCAGUAAAAGUUUUAGAUUUCGGGAUCAUUCUAUCACCAGAAGAACCUUUGCCAGGCUGGAGUACACUCUUCGAGGCCCUAGUAACAUCGGUCGUCCUCGACGCCGGUGUCGCUGGGAAAGCGAUUGCGGUCUUGGAGCCAGUGGCAAGGUGUUUCAUGUUACCAAAUUCCCAACCACAUCGCUCGUCGCCUCUCAGCGGGCUGUCCUAUUGUCGCUUACUCCUUUCUCAUGCAGAAUAUCCAAAGGACCGACAGGCCGUAGAGGCAGGGAAAAGACGACUAUGGGGCGUCACCGGUAGUGGCUCCAAGGGGCUAUCCUGGGAUCCUUUUACCUACUUUUAUGAUUAUAUCAAGACGAUGAUGGGGGCCACUUUUGAGGAUUUCGGUGCCCGUUACAUCCGCGAAUACUCUGAGAUGGUUAAAUUAUUAAACAAAUUUGUCUCCUCAUGCCCGACUGAGUUACUGCUGGGAAUGCUAGUCAAAAUUCAGACAGCAAUUGUACCGUGGAUCCAAGAUUCCGACAGUCAGGUCAAAGGAAGCAAUGCUUUAGGAAAAGAGGUAAGCAGCCAUCUCCCGUCUAGAUCUCCUCUUAACUCCAUUCAGACUACCAACUUUUGGAACACCAUUUGUAGCUUUUUCGUGUCGCUUGAAGCAAUCCAUGGUUGCAACAUGGUUCUUUCCGAUCUCGAGCUUCUCAUCUGCGCGGGCCUUGAAAGCUCCCAUAAAUCAAUUGCCAGCCGAUCGAUCACGAUGUGGAACACCACCUUUGGCACUUCCGAAGAGGUUUUCCAUUACCCUAGCCAGGUCCAAAGUGCUCUCCUUCGUUUACGCCCGCUUGCUGACAUUCAACUCCCGUUUCUCCCCGAGAGCGUGCUCACUGAAGAGCUUAUCGACGAAGGGCAACUUCCAUUACAAUUUACCGAAUCGCAGGACGACAGCUUUCUCCCUACCAACAGCAUGUUCUCGAUACUCAAUGAGCAUCGUAUGCCGCAGAAACACGUCUCGCCCACCCUCAACUCCUCUCCCGGGACAAGAGCAUGUCGCGAGACAACACCUGAAGUGGUAAUCUCGAUCGAAUCUUCAGCCAGCCGGAAACGGUCACGCGACAGCGCUUUGGGUAGCAAGGGGAGGAAGUCAAGAAAAAGGCAAAGUACCCCCAGGUUGCGACAUGACGACUCUCAGGUUCAGUUCCAGGCUGUUGAUAAUUCUUCCCCAGUCCUCGAGGGAGGCGUAUCGCAGAUUCUCACCAAAAGACAACUUGAAGUUAAAGAACGGCAAGUCGCUGAAGCUGCGAUGUUUCCCGACUUGCGUUCUAGUCCUCGUAAAAAGACAGUUACAGCGACAACCAGCCCAGAACCAGAACUUCCAUCUCGGCGUUCACUGUCGAAGACUCGAAUUCAAACCCCUGUCGAAAGAGAGACUCAGCGGCAGCUUACACCGGUUCCGCUUCCCGCGAGUGAGGAUGACAAUUUCAUCGUGUCUUCACCAACUCCCAAAAGAUCCGCCCAGCCCGUGGAUCUUUUGGGCUUACCUUCGUCCCCUCCUGUUUCUCCUACCUCACCUAUCACCAAUAACGCAUUUCCAACUAUUGAGAUCGAAACUGUCUACGAACAAGAUUUGCCUUCAUCACCACCGCGAGGGGAAGUUUUGCAAUCGGCGGACUAUCCUUCAGCUCAGGUAGACCCUCAUGCCUUUCAGAAUCCUACUACGACUUCCACUUUUGGCACGUCCAUCUCAGGUGUUCAAAGCCCACCUAAAACGACAUCGCAUAUGCGAGAAGGAAGCGAAGAAGUCCGCUCCGACCUCGAUCCAAGCGCUUUCCCUUCAACUGACCAACUACCCGCUUCAAGUACGGGCGGCGAUGUUCCUAAAGCCACCCCAACUCCUAGCAAGCAGAGAUCGGUAGUUGCUCCAUCGACCCCACCCAGAACGCGGGCUUCUAAAAUAGUACGACAACUUGCUAGCUCCCCGCUCUUCGUUGACGCAAGAUCCAGUCCGCCUUCAUCGGAUCAUGAUACCGCAAAUGAAGACAUAUUCGAAGAUGCAGUUUCAUCACCGCGAUUGAUUGUUAACAAACGAAAAUCGAGUCGCAUAUCUCCAACGAUGUCCGAUGUCGAUAGCGCGAGCAUGAACGAUUCUAGCAUAUUAAGAAUGAUGGAAGAUUUUGACGAGUCAUCAGAGCUACCUGCAAGCGAAACACCUGCUAAAGAUAACAUAACCCGUCGCCGCUCGUUACGCAGCUCUUCCACCAAACCUGCCACUCGUGCUAAGGGUAAUAAUUUACAACCCAGUAGUUCAAUACGCAAAGCAGCUUUGAAAAAUGCAACAGCAACCAAGAUGCCCGACGUACCGUCAGAGAAACUCCAAUCAGAAGCACUCUCCCCUCACGAACCACAGUCACCGACCGCUUUCGAGGUUCCAGAGACACCUGUCCCAAAGCCUGUUGGUCGUCCGGAAAAGCCACUUGACAUCGGUCACGAUCUUCACGCUGGAGAUACAAUCGUUGUCGACACAUCAUCCCUCGAAUAUGCUUAUCGCCCUGUCGUAUUCAAAAAGAGAAGACGCGAAGACGAUGAAAUAGAUGGAGGCUCGGUUUCAGGUACUACUUUGAAGAAAAGAUCGCCAAAGAAACGUAGAGGCCGGCCCAAGAGGUCGGCAGAAGCACCAUCUCAGGAACCCGAAAGCAACUUCGAAGGUGAACGGAGCCAAAGUAUCGUGUCAUCUUUUGCCAUUGAUGCUAGUCCGGAGCCGCCGCAUACCCCCAUGAUCCAGCAUACCAACGUCAAGGAUGAAAACCGUCAAAUCGAUGUUACGCAUGAGCAACCUGAUACAACGAGUGUGCUCAAUUCCACAGUAUCCACCGCACCUGAGAGCCCUGGAAUGCAACCCGACGUCUCCAUGGCGCCACGGUCUCCAGAACCACAGGCCAUGGAGGAUGUGGCAGUUAAUGAGGAUAAUGCCAUAAAUGAACCAAUUAUUGCAGACAAUGCAUUGGUGGCUUCAGAGAAUAUCAUGUCAGUCAACGAAGUACCGAGCACAGCCAGCAAUGAGGCAGCAGAGGCUUCCAGCGCGCCUACAAGUCAACAAGCUCUCGACAACGAACCUCCUAUCGCGACGAACCCAGAAGAAUCAAUGUCAGCUUUCCAGUCAAUCAAGGCCAGGAUGCAGAGUGUGAUCAGCGGACUGGGACUUGCCUCUUUCUCCACCGCUCAAGUCAGCGACAUUGAAGAUAUGUUUAUGGAUGCGAAACACCUGUUGUAUGGGGCUGGAAAGCGAGGACGUACAGAAAGAUCAGAAUGA